CAGUUUAAUUUUAAUUUUCUUCUUUUCCACAUAAACAAUAAUGAAGAUUAGUACUCUAUUGAUCUCGGUUGCUGCCUCUCUUUGCUUCUUUGAAGGAUUCUCUGCAUCUCCUGUUGGGCUUCGGGCUCGCGCAGACGCCAACAAAGUCAUUGUAGGUUAUUUCCCUAAUUGGCUCUAUGGCCGAUACACGCCUUCCAUGAUUAACUUUAAGAAAUACACCCACAUCAAUUAUGCUUUUGCAAUCCAAAACAGUGCUGGCGUUCCUAUCUGGCAAGAUAGUGGUAUUUUUGAUGAAUAUGUACAAUAUGGUUUCCCUAAGCUCAUGUCUUUGGCCCAUGCUGCUGGCACUAAAGUUUUGGUUAGUGUUGGUGGCUGGUCUGGAUCUACAGGUUUCUCUCCUAUGGCUGCUUCUGCUAGUAAUCGUGCUAGCUUUAUCAAAUGGAACAUUGACUUUAUCAAGCAGUACAAUACAGAUGGUGUUGAUAUUGAUUGGGAAUACCCUACUUCACUUGGUGCAGGUUGUAAUGCUGUCAACGAUAAUGAUGUUGCCAACUUCAACUUGCUUGUUAAAGAACUUCGUGCUGCCUUGGACUCCAAUUUCCCCGACGUCCAUAAAGAAAUUUCGAUUGCAGUUCACAUUACUCCUUGGGGUGGAGAGACGAUAACUUCUGAUGUCUCUGAAUUCGUUCCUUAUGUUGACCGUUUCCAUGUUAUGUCUUUUGAUGUCAACGGUGCUUGGAACUCUACCAGUGGACCUAACGCACCUUUCCACGCUGAACCUGGACAUGGCUAUCCUUAUGGUUUUGUUGAAGGCAUUGAGAGCUGGAAGAAGGCUGGUGUUCCCUACAACAAGAUUGCAGGAGGUAUUCCUUUCUAUGGCCGUGCUCAAACAUUGACCGUCACAAGUGAUCCUACUACUCAAUACAAUCCUGCUGUUUCUCCUAACCCUCCACUUGGUGAUUCUCUUGAUGGACCUUGGACCAAUCCCUAUUGUUCCAAGGACAGCUCUCAAGCUUCUGGUGUUUGGCGAUGGACCAACAUACGUUCUCAAGGCAUUCUUACUUCUCCAAACACAGCUGCCUCUCCUUGGAUUCGUCACUUUGACAACCACACUCAAACACCUUGGUUGUACAACCCUACUAACAAGCAAUUCAUUUCUUAUGAUGAUCCCACCUCGCUUGGAGUCAAGACAAACUAUGCUCUUGAAAAGGGACUGGCUGGUCUGUUUGUCUGGUCCAUUGAACAAGAUAAUGGUGAACUUCUUGAUGCCAUUGCUCCUAUGAUUGGUGGCAACACACCAGCUAAUCCUAUCACUACUGGCGCACCCUCCAGUUCAACCACUGCAAGUGUCACAACUACCGCAAGUGUCACAACUACCAGUUCUAGUGGUAAACCUACAGAUGUCUUUGGUUGUAGUGCUACUCCCACUUGGUCUUCUACUGCUGUCUAUACUGGUGGAUCUUUUGUCAAAUACAAUGGAAACCUCUAUAAGGCUCAAUGGUGGACACAAGGCGAAACACCAUCACCAUCUGGUCCUUCCUGGUCUACUUGGGUUCUUGUCAGUACUUGUUAAAUUCUAAUUUAUAUCCUAUCUGUAACACAAUGUCUUUGUCAUCCUUAUUAUCUAAGCAAAGAAUAAAUAUUUAUAUCUGAUUGUUAUGAUGAGUUUUAUCGAAAC